AUGACUUCCACAACACCCCCCGAAAUAGCCGCCCACGUGGAAUCUCUGAUACCCAAGUUCAAGCUCACCCGACUCCUCAACUCCGACCAAGCCGGACGCCGCAUCAGUCUCCUAGGAACCAUCGACUCUCAGCCCGCGCUCCUCAUCGCCGAGCGCGCCGCCUUCGACACCACCCCCGCCAUCCUCGAAGGCUUCUCCACAUCUCUACGCAACAUCAAGAACCUCGGCGCAAACGACAUCUACGCCUGGUUCCUCGCAAACUCCAACCCAAGCACCGACAAAGAUGCCUCUUCUCCCCCUCCUCCCCCAGACUUCAAAAUCAACCUCAUUUACCCAUGCACAGACAAACACGUCAAGAAAUACACCCAGCAGCGCCUGCGCAUCGUCACUGAAACACCGGAAAUCUACACGUCCUACAUCCGCCCCUACAUGCGCGCCCAGCGCGAAAAGGGCGCGCUAAACUGGGUCUACAACAUCAUCGAGGGCCGCACCGAGCAGGAAGACGUCAUGUACCGCGAAUCCGGCUCCGACGGCUUUCUCCUACUCCCCGACCUAAACUGGGACCGCAAGACAAUGGGUAGUUUGCACUUGCUAGGCAUAGUAGAGCGACGGGAUAUUUGGAGCGUGAGGGAUUUGACCAGGGACAUGGUGGGGUGGGUGCGGCAUAUGAGGCAGAAGAUGAUCGAGGCGACCGUGGGCUUGUAUCCCGACAUUGAGAGGGACGAGUUGAAAUUAUAUGUCCAUUAUCAACCGACAUACUAUCAUUUCCACAUCCACAUUGUCCAUGUUUCAUUGGAAGCCGGAAACACGCAAGCUACAGGCAAAGCUUUGGGCUUGGAAAAUAUCAUCUCCCAGCUCGAAACUAUGGCUUCUUCUUCUUCCUCUUCCUCUUCGGCAUCACCCCCUGGUAUGCAGGAUGCUAGCCUGACGUACCAUCUCGGUGAGCGGAGCGACUUGUGGGAGAAAGUGUACUUGCCCUUGAAAGAGGGGCGGGAGGUGAAUGUGGAUGACUUUUGA